CUAAAACUCUAAAACCCUAGCAGCAGUUCCGAGCGACCUCUACUCUACCCUUCUCUGCUACUUUCGCUUCUCGAUCCUCAUCAUCAAUGGCGAAUUCAGUGGUUUCUCUCGACAACCUCAAAGCCUUCUGGCACUCUCAAGUUCAUGACGAGCAGAACUGGGAUGUCAACAUGAAACUGGUACGAGCUCUUGGAGUGUUUGCUGGAUCCAUUUUCCUCAUGCGAAAUUUUGGUGAGCUCAUGGCAGCAUGAUGCCGAAGAAUAAAGUGCUUCAUUCUGAGCUCAUUAUUCCACCACCCACUUUCACUGUGACUGUAUGCUGUUGAGUUUGAAACUCUUAGGUUUUAUGUGGAGAUCGGUUACUAUACUAGGAUAGCCUACUAGUGUGAGGAACAGGUUUUUACGAAUGAACGAGGCUUUAAUUCUCUUGUACUUGGUUUUGACCAUCGAUUCACUCUACAAUUUGUUUUACCCUUCUAUUGCAUCAGGCAGAUUUCAAGU